CGGAGCAGGCAGUGAUCGCCCCCCCCGGAUCCCACGGGGCAGUGAUCCGCUCCCCAAGGCACCGGAGGGGGCAUUGGUGGAGACAUGGGGGCGUCUCUACCGCUCCUGGCUCCUCUCCAAUUCCCUGCCCUGCUCCUCAGCCUCUCCUUGCAGCAGCCCCAGCCCAGCCCUUAUCUGUCCCCUCCCAGCCUGCCCGCCCCGCGGAGCGCAACCACAACCUGCAGCCAGAGAGCCCUGCCAGGCCAGACUUCUCAUCGCUCCGGUCCUCCCUGCCCCGAGCCAUGGACCCUCCGCGGAGCCACAUCGCUGCCCUCUGCACCCUGCUGGCCUGGGCCACCUGCACCACGCAGGAGGGAGCCGGCCCUGACAAUGGCUUCAACAUCCAAGCUGCCCUGCUUCUGGGUGAGGAGCCCCUGGACCCCAAAUGUUUCACGCGCUGCCUGGAGGACCUGACCUGCUUCUGGGAGAGCAGCAGCCCCCCGAGCGCCACGGAAUACGGCUUCUUCUACGUCGUGGAGGGGGACGCCCCACAGCGCUGCAACGUGAGCGUGGCCCGGACGCCCUGGAACAGCACCCGCUUCAGCUGCGUCUUCCCGCCCCAGGACACCCCGUCCUUCACCCCCCUGCGCGUCGGCGCAUACGCCGGCAACAGCAGCAACGUUAUCCACGCCCGCACCAUCAUGAUCAACCAAGUGGGUAGGUGUGAGAGCCGGGAGGGGAAAGGCCCCACGUCCCCCUGAGCCAGCCCGUCCUCCUGCCCCGGGGCAGAGCAGAGCCGGCGCCCCCCAGAGGGGAAAGGCCCCAUGCCCCACUCACCACCCCGUGAGCCAGCUGGUCUCCUGCCCCAGGCUGGAUUGGAGCCAGUGCCCUCUAGAGGGGAAAGGCCUCGAGCCCCAUUCCCUGCCCCCCUGAGCCAGCCAGCCCCUGCCAUGGGGCCAGAUAGGAGCCAGCACCACCUAGAGGGGAAAGGCCCAAUGACCCAU